AUGGCGGACAAGCUUGCCCUCCCUCUUCUUCUUCCAAGCACUCCUUCCUCAAAACCCUUGUUUCACGACCAAAACCACCACCACCACCAAUUCUCUAGAACGCCGUUUCUUAUAUCGCCACUCUCAUCACAACCUCCACCUCCAGUAGAACCUCUCCUCCACGACGUAUUCCUCCACCAAAACCCUAAUUCAAGACAACCCAUAAACCCUAGAAUCCGUAACCGGACACGAAUCGGAAAAUCCCGCGACCCUAACCUCGGAAAGCCUUGGUCCUACAAUGGCUUAUCUCCACUAGGUCAGCAAAUUCUCCGUUCGCUAAUCGAACCAUCUUUCGAUUCCGGUCAAUUAGACGCUCUUCUCUCUCAGCUAUUCGAGCCGUAUAAAGACAAUCAAACGGAGUCAUCGUCGUCGUCGUCUACUUCAUCGGAGUUACUAGCUCUUCUUAAAGGAUUAGGAUUCCAUAAGAGAUUCGAUUUGGCUCUGAGUGUGUUUGAUUGGUUUAUGAAGCAAAAGGAUUAUCAGUUGGAAAACUCUGUUGUCGCUGUUGUUAUCUCGAUGUUAGGCAAAGAAGGAAGAGUCUCUUCAGCUUCGAAUCUGUUCAAUAGCUUGCAGGAAAACGGGUUUUCGCUAGAUGUUUAUUCGUACACCUCGCUGAUAUCUGCUUUCGCGAACAGCGGAAGGUACAGAGAAGCUGUAAUGGUGUUCAAGAAGAUGGAGGAAGAAGGUUGUAAACCGACUCUGAUCACUUACAAUGUUGUUCUGAAUGUGUUUGGCAAAAUGGGUACUCCAUGGAACAAGAUCAUCUCUCUUGUGGAGAAGAUGAAGAGCGAUGGGAUUGCUCCUGAUGCUUAUACCUAUAACACGCUCAUAACUUGCUGUAAACGAGGGUCUCUGCACGAAGAAGCAGCUCGGGUUUUCGAGGAGAUGAAGAUUGCUGGUUUUAGUCAUGAUAAGGUUACUUACAACGCCUUGUUAGAUGUUUACGGGAAGUCUCAUAGGCCUAAAGAAGCUAUGAAGGUUCUGAAUGAGAUGGAGAUUAGUGGGUUUACUCCGAGCAUUGUGACUUAUAACUCGUUGAUAUCUGCGUAUGCGCGUGAUGGGAUGCUUGAUGAAGCAAUGGAGAUCAAGAACCAGAUGGUGGAGAAAGGGAUGAAGCCCGAUGUUUUCACUUACACGACGCUCUUGUCGGGGUUCGAGAGAGCUGGAAAAGUCGAAUCCGCCAUGAGCGUUUUCGAAGAGAUGAGAAACGCGGGAUGCAAACCGAACAUGUGUACUUUCAAUGCCUUUAUCAAGAUGUAUGGUAACAGAGGGAAGUUUGCUGAGAUGAUGAGGAUAUUCGACGAGAUCAAUAUCUGCGGUCUCUCGCCGGAUAUUGUCACCUGGAACACAUUGUUAGCGGUUUUCGGGCAAAACGGGAUGGAUUCUGAAGUCUCUGGUGUGUUUAAAGAGAUGAAGAGAGCAGGAUUCGUACCGGAAAGAGAAACUUUCAAUACUUUAAUCAGUGCUUAUAGUCGAUGUGGUUCGUUCGAGCAAGCUAUGACUGUUUACAAGAGAAUGCUCGAAGCUGGAGUCACACCUGACCUUUCCACUUACAACACUGUUCUUGCAGCCUUAGCUCGUGGUGGAAUGUGGGAACAGUCUGAGAAAGUUCUUGCGGAGAUGGAAGAUGGUCGAUGCAAACCUAACGAGUUAACUUACUGCUCGUUACUUCACGCGUAUGCAAACGGUAAGGAGAUAGGUCGGAUGCAUUUCUUAGCGGAAGAGGUUUAUUCAGGAGCCAUCGAGCCACGAGGCGUGCUUUUAAAGACACUAGUCUUGGUUUGUAGCAAGUGUGAUCUCUUGCCGGAAGCCGAACGAGCUUUCUCUGAGCUUAAAGAAAGAGGCUUUUCACCGGAUAUAACCACAUUGAACUCAAUGGUGUCUAUAUACGGAAGAAGACAGAUGACGCAGAAGGCGAAGGGAGUUUUGGACUACAUGAAAGAGAUGGGUUUCACGCCGAGCAUGGCGACUUACAACAGCCUCAUGUAUAUGCAUAGCCGGUCCGCGGAUUUCGCGAAAUCGGAAGAGGUUUUGAGGGAGAUACAGGGGAAAGGGAUUAAACCGGAUAUCAUAUCGUACAACACUGUGAUUUACGCGUAUUGUAGGAACACUCGGAUGAAAGAUGCUUCGAGGAUCUUCGCGGAGAUGAGAGAGUCAGGGAUUGUUCCUGAUGUUAUCACAUAUAAUACGUUUAUAGGUUCUUAUGCGGCUGAUUCGAUGUUUGAGGAAGCUAUUGGGGUCGUUAGGUACAUGAUCAAGAAUGGCUGUAGACCGAACCAGAACACUUACAACUCCAUUGUUGAUGGUUACUGUAAGUUAAACAGGAAAGAUGAGGCGAAGAUGUUUGCUGAAGAUUUGAGGAAUCUUGAUCCUCAUGCUCCUAAAGACGAGGAUAAAAGGUUGCUGGAACGUAUAGUGAAGAAACGGCCAUGA